ACAGGCUCACUAUUAAAGCUGGGUGUUUAAUGAAUCUCGAAGAUUUUCCUAUGGAUAUUCAACGAUGUCCCUUAAGAUUUGGAUCAUUUGGUUAUACAACGCGUGAUGUGAUUUACAAGUGGAAUAGAGCUCGUCAAAUCGUAACAGCGGAAGAUAUGAAGUUGUCCCAAUUUGAUUUGAUUGGCACUCCAACCGCAAAUUACACAGACGCAAUAACUGGUGGUGACACUCUAUCAGAUGUUACAACCAACAAUACCGAAUUUUCGAUGCUUUUGGUCAGUUUUCACCUUCAAAGGCACAUGGGAAACUUUUUAAUCCAAGUUUACGGACCUUGCGUGCUCCUCGUCGUGUUAUCUUGGGUUUCUUUUUGGCUUAAUAGAGAAGCGACGGCCGAUCGAGUUUCUUUGGGAAUCACGACAGUUCUUACAAUGACUUUUUUAGGUUUAGAAGCAAGAACUGAUUUACCUAAAGUACCAUAUCCGACAGCUUUAGAUUAUUUUGUUUUUGUAUCGUUCACGUUUAUAUUUGCAACUAUUAUUCAAUUUGCAGUGGUGCAUUAUUUCACUAAAUACGGUUCAGGCGAAUGUUAUUUUAAUGCGGAAAUGUUAUUUGAUUCGAGUAGCGAGGAAGAAGAUUGCAAUUCUGAAAUAUGUAAAUGUAUUUCGACUUCAGCUACAACAUCGGAAGUUGGUCAAAACGAUUUUUUAAUCGAGGUAAUUCCGUUAACUCCUUGUACUUUACCGAGUAAAUCAGGAAAUCGGAUGAAUCGAAAUUGGCAUUGUUGGAUGAAUUCGUCAAAAGAAACCAAUGUUUCUUCCAUAUCGAAACCAAUGACUCAAAAAGCUCCGAGUACAUCUCAUCGGGAGCAUUGUAAGAGGAAGAAGAAAAAAGCAACUCCGAGGUUUAAUUCGGUCUCGAAAAUUGAUAAAUUUUCCCGGAUUGUUUUUCCCAUGCUUUUUUUAGCGAUUAAUAUUUUUUAUUGGUAUAGUUAUUUAUCGCGGACUAAACGAGUGAGAUAAACGUAACGAUAAAAUGUAUUUAGAAUGUUUUAAAAAAGUUAAUAAAGACCAUAAAUAUUUCAA